CAACAUUGAUAAUUGCUGCUAUGGCAAAGCAACAAAUGCUUUUAGGUGAAUUAGAUCUCAACGUUGUCCCUAUUAUUGAGGAAUAUACAUAGGAAAAUGAGGUUUUAAAUAUCAAUUCACAUCCAUACAAAGCCUAAGGGAGAAUGGGGUCUCGACACAAGGACCACACGACGGCACACUGGCCCGGCAGUGGAGGACGCGUUGGUGGAAGCGGUGACAAACGUGGCAAGCUUCACCACGACCAGCCUCCGUAUUCUCAAUCAGAUCCAUACAACCAGCAACCUGGUUCUGGGCCUUUUAGGGGUGAUGGCAAGGGUAGAAAUAAUCCAAACGUGCGACCAAUGGCAGGGGAUUGGUUCUGCGCUGAUCCUCAAUGUGCCAACCUUAACUUUGCAAGACGAGAAUAUUGUAACAAUUGCCAGAGGUUUCGCUAUGCUCCAUUCUCUGCUCCAUGGGAAAGUGAUUGGAUCUACCCUGAUCCCCUAUGUGGCAAAUUUAAAUUUGCAAGACGAGAAUAUUGUAAAAACUACUGCAAGUUUCGCUAUGCACCUGUGAGAAAUCCUGAUAAUGGGGACUGGAUCUGCUCAGAUCCUCAAUGUGGCUACAUCAACUUUGCAAGACGAGAAUACUGUAACAAAUGUGGGACGAGUAUCGAUGCCCCACUUCAGAUAAUACCAUCACCUCCAGAUUCUCCUCCUAAACGCUUCCCUUAUGAUCCUUCACAUGGCAAGGCGAUGAAUGGGAAUAAAUCACAUAGUCAUCGGGUGGGGAAUGGCCCGAAGGACUUUAGAGCUGGUGCUUCCCGACCUCCCUGGCAUCAUGAAGACAGAUAUUCUGGUCAUGGCAAGCUCAGAGAACGGCUGGAGGAUUAUCAAAAAGAUAACUACAGAGGAAGGAAGAAGUUUAACCAGCCAAUGCCAGUGGAUUCAGAAAAUAGAGACCGUGGAAGGGACAACUGGAAUAAGAGGCGCCCACUAUCUCCAUCUCCACCUCAAAACGGAAGAGGGGGUGGGGGUCGAGCUGUGAGAGAACUCAGAGAAGGAAGAAGCUGUACUGAAAAGUCCACCAUAACCCUUCUAUUUAAUCUCAAGAUAUAACAACAAUAUAAGAAGAGAUGCACCUCAACAAGCAGUUCGACAAAGAAGUUUGAGCUCAGAUAGUUGUUUUAACAGCCUUGUUUUACUUCAAUGGUUCAGAAUUCAAAUGCCAGUGCCUCAUUCUUAAUUAAAAAAAAAAAAAGGAAAAAAAUUGUGAAACUAGUGCUGCAUCUGUGCAUUGCACAAAUCAAUAUAAUGGUCCAGAAAAAUUAUUUUUUAUUUUUCCAUGCCAGUAAAUUAUCUGGGAAUCA